UCUGUUGCUGAAGGAAUAAAUAACUCGUCUGAUAAAUUGAUAUGAAAUUAGAUUUUAAUAUAUUGGCCGACUUCAAAUGAAGUGAAGACAUAUCCAGAAUAAAAUAUACAAUUGAUUGUUUACGUUUAGUUUCUUAUAAUAUAGAAAAAUGGGUAAAGGUUAUAAUAAUUACAUGUGCAAGAAACCGUUUCAUCCAGGAUCCAAAGCUAAUAUCAAACGGGCAUGGAUGGCUGAACAGAAAACAGAAAAUGAAAAGAAAAAACAAGAAGAGCUGAAAGUGCAAUAUGAAAAGGAGCAGAAUUUGUACAAUAAUAGAGCAUUAUUAAGUACAGAAAGUAAAGACAAGCUAGAAUUAAAUUUUAUGUAUGAAGCUCCACCUGGUGCCAAAAGAGAACGCCAGAAAGAAGAUGAUGAACCUGAAUAUAAAUUUGAAUGGCAAAGAAAGUACAAUGCCCCAAGAGAAGAUUAUGCUAAAGGAAAUGCAGAUAUUAAAGAUCAACCAUUUGGUAUACCAGUGCGGAAUGUCCGUUGUAUUAAAUGCCAUAAGUGGGGCCAUAUUAACACAGAUAAAGAAUGCCCAUUAUUUAGUCAAGCCAGCACAUCAUCAAUGCCCACAACUUCAAUGGAUCCUAUGGAACUAAUGCGCCAGAUGCGAGAAGAUGGUUUUGGUUUAAAAGAAAAUGUUCUUGGUCACCAUUUAAAUCCCAAAGAAGCAAAUCAGCAACUCAUUCCAAGUGAUGAAAGUGAUCCUGAAAUGGAAUUCCUUAAAUCACUCUCAACUUCAGAAAAAAAGAAGCUGCUGAGGAAAUUGAAAAAACUAUCAAAAAAGCAAGAAAAAAGUGCUCACUGCAAGAAGAAAAAGAGCAAAAAGACUCGAAAGCAUAAAUCUAAACAUGCUUCAGAUUCAGAUCUACAUAGUAAAUUUGAAACUUCAGGAAGUGAAAGUAUGGAUGAAAAAGACAAUUCAAAUGCUAUAUCUGACAGGCAUCAGAAGAAGAAUUUCAAGCAGGAGGAGAUCAAAUCAAAAAGCAGUUGUGAUAUUUCUGAAAGAAGUCGUGUGAAAGAUGAAUCUAAGAAAUCAGAUAGUAAUCAUCAAAAGCAUUCUAAAUAUACAGAAAGUUCUGAAAAGAAGGAAGAGAGAAAAGAGGAGAAUAAAAAACAUUCAACUGAACACUCCUCAGAUAAGCAUUCUGAAAGAUCUAAUAAAGCACACAAAUCUCAUGAUGAUGAAACAGUUCAAAUAAAGAAAAAGAAAUUAAAAAGUUCAUCAAGCAGUUCAGAAGAUGAAAGUAGCAAAACUAAAAAAGAAAAAUACUCAAAAAAAAAGGAAGAUAGCACAGAGAAUAUAAAAAGAAAGUAUGAAAAAACAUCCAAUCCUGAAAGUUCAAAACAAAUGAAAAAGGAUCCCUUAGAUUCAGAGAUGAACAGUAUUCAAUCAAGUCAAGGAAGCGAGACUAGCAAACAGCUCGAACAUCCCGAUGGAUUUAGUCAUUUAUGUCCUCAAGCUGUAAUUAAUGCUAAUUAUGAGAAAACUAAAGAAGAAUACCAAGGUGAUGUGCAUGACCAAUUUCGUCAUGAAAAUAGAGACAGACGGUCUCCGUCAAUAAAACAGAAGUACAAUCAAUAGUAUAUAUUAAAAAAUUGAUUAUUCACCUGAUUAACUGAAGCUUGACAAAAACAAAUGCUGUAUAUAUCAAAAUUUUAACUACCUCUAUGAGAUUCACAUUUUACAUAUUUUCAAUCCUCAUUUAUUGAAAAUUGAAAGGUGAACAUUAUGUACACAUCAUAUACAUCAUAUUAAGAUUACAGCUUAGAUAAUAUAUUUCCUUGCAGCUCUUAGAUAAUAUAUUUAAGUUAUUCUUGAUCAUACAGUUUCAUAUUAUCUAAGCUGUUUCACAUUAUGAAAUUGCAGUUAAAUGUUUACUAUAAAACAACCUACAUAUACAUGUAAACCUUUUGUAAUCAUCAUUCAUCUCUGAAAGUAAUUAGAUUUUUCAAUAUAGAGAAGUGAAUGAGGAUGUUGCUUUAAGUUAGGGCUCUUGUAUUAAAUUUUGUUCCAAUAUUCAUUUGUUAAUAUUAUGUUCUUGUAAAAUAUACUUCCUUAUCAUUACCUCUGUAUUCUAAAGAAUUCCGCAGCAAUAAAUCUGUAGAAAGUAUAUAAUAAAAUCAUUAUAUAUUCUAA